CUUGCUACCUUAUAUAUAUACACCCUCUUCACAAAUUUAUAAUAAUUACAAACACUACAUACACACUUGUAUAUCUUCAAAACAUCGACCGACAUGUCUUCUCCAAUCUUCUUCUUCUUCUUCUUUGCUAUCUUUCUUCAAGGAGCCCUCGGGGAGAUUGUAUGUGAGAAUUUGCCUACAGAGGUUUGCUCGUUUUCCAUUGCGUCGUCUGGGAAGAGAUGUUUGCUGGAGAACUACGAGGAGGAUGGAAAGACCACCGGGUAUCAGUGCACGACAUCAGAAGUGAUGGUGGAGAGGAUGUCCGAGUAUAUAGAGACCGACGCGUGUGUUAAGGCAUGCGGUGUCGAUAGGAAUUCUGUUGGGAUUUCUUCAGACACCCUGCUUGAGUCGCAAUCCGUUUCCAAGAUUUGCUCCACGCCUUGCUACAACAACUGCCCCAACAUCGUUGAUCUUUACUACAACUUGGCUGCCGCUGAAGGUGUGUUUUUGCCUGACUUGUGCGAGAAGCAACGGAGCAACCCUCACCGCGCCAUGAUCGAGCUUCUAAGCUCUGGUGCCGCCGCUGGUCCCGCAACUAGUGAAAACCUUGCUGCUGCUGCACCCGCUCCAGCAUCCAUAUAAUCCAUCCAUCCAUCUUUAUUUCUUUUAGUAUUUCAUAAAUUAAUUUGUAGUCGAGGAGAGGGCGGAAUAAUUUAGACUUAUGGGAGUUUUUUUCUUUUUUAUUUUAAAUUUGUUUAUGAUAUGAUAAAUAAAUGCAUUUGCAUGUUAUUACGUACAUAAACACACUUGCUGAUA